AUGUCGGCAACGAUGGAAGAGAUUGCCUUUCCCUGUCCUGUUCCCCCAGUUUAUGAGCUGGAUGUUGAUGUCGAUGUGUGGCUUGCGAACACUCAAGAUGUCCUGAAUGCGGUCGAUCCUGACCGCCACUCAGCAUGUGCCAUGAGCCAUGCGAGACUGGGCCUGCGGAACCACCGGAGCUGUUGCCAAGCCUACCCCGCUGUGCUUCCGUUUGCACUCUGGUUCGCUACUGAGCACAUUUUCUGGGCCAUCAUCUUCAAAUCAACAGAAACUCGUGCAAAGGUCCCUCCCUCGGGGGUCCUUGAUCGCGAUAAUCGGUCUAAAGUCAUGUCCCUUUUCUUUCAGGGCAAAUCUGGUACAUUCUACCGUUUGCGGCUUUGUGAUACUGAAUUGGCGCUCUGUAUGGAUAGCGGCAGUGAUGUACCGAUUCACAUUUGGCCAUGGCAAGAAGUUGGUGCACCGAAGCACACAGAAACAGAGGUCCGAAUGCCAUGGUUAAUCACCGACGAUGACAGGCUCCGAGUGGCACCGAUCAUAGCCGAUGUUCUCCAUUCAAAGCAUCCAGAGAACUUAAGCGCCUCUUUACGUCGGAAGUUAAGCCGUGCUGAUUCCGUCCCACCUCCUGUUGUUUCCGACGCCAAGUACCACCACACUAUCACCAUCUUCACCAACAACGUCAAUUCUAGCGGUAAACUCGUCCACCAAAUUGCCUGCAUCCGCGCCAUGGCCUUCGCAAAUGACACCCAGCCCGUUCCAGAGAAAAUAAAUGAUACAUUGAACGGGAGUGACCUAACUGGACCUGCUGAAUCUAAUGGAAUUAAAAAGGUCAAAAAGAGGAAAGGAUUUUCCCUUUGUGGGCUCAAUUGUAUGGGCAGAAAGGAGAAAGACGCUGACUUGUACUCCUCAGCAGUUUCACAAACACUGGAAAAGGGCGACGUAGGUGCCCCCACGACGGAGGUGGUCCCUCCGCAACACCUCCAGCAGGUGGUCGAGCCACCCUCCCAAGUGUCCCCUUGCCCCACUGCCGAGGAGCCGACCGGCGACGUCGAUGUCACCGCGGUGAAAGAGAUCUGCAUUUGCACAACUCCGAAGGUUGUUUGGCGCCUAAGACACCAGACCGUCUCCACGUCUAUCGAUUUGUUUCUGUGUCUUGCUGUUGGUCUUCGUGCAUUCUCGAAAUCUCAGGGCAUGAAGUUCCCUCGAAUUGGCGAUCAGCACGCGCUAUACUCCUGGGCGCCGUGCCUUCUUGGUAGUCGCUCGGACAUUCAGUACCACCUUGUUCUGUUUCUUGUACCAACACGUCACGUCCAGCCUCUUCACAAAGAGGAGGAACCCAGUGCCGAAACCGCGAAUGCGCAGCAGCUGCUGGCGCCCGUCGUUUCCCAAGUCCCCACCCCCAGCCCUCGGACGCAGCCUGCCGACAUCGUCGCGUCUCCAUCGAAACCUCCAAUACCUACCAGGGUGUUCGAAAACUCGCCUCCGACCACAAUAGAGACUCCAAACAAAAAUGUGGAUGAGCCAGACGGCACAACCACUGCACCCCAACCAUCUCCAUCUAAACACAUCGGAAAGAUAAUUUCUCAAUGUGACGCUCCGUUACCUAAGCCGCUAAAUACGUCCUCGUCAACAGAGACAACCCAACUCGCAUUCUCCACAAAAACGCACGAAAGGGAAAAUAUUCCUCCGAGCUUGAUUAUCAAAAAUGAGCCGGAGGACGUCGGCUGUGCAGGCCCUGCAGCCAAUGGUUCCUCAAGUCCCUCUCUGAAGAAGCCGGAAUCGGCGAUCGUGCCUUCGAGCCCAGGGAAGAUGUCGAUUGUCUCCAGCGGGGGCGGCAGCCCGCACUCUGGCAUCCCGCUACCCAGGAAUCCCACUCGAGCGAUUUCCAGCAUCACCCACAAUUCCUCCUCCUCCGCUGACGCAAUCUUAGAUUCCAAACCCUCAGAUUCCUCCGGGACGUUCUGGCAACCGGAUGUCACCCCGCAGUCGUUGGACCCUUUGGCAGAAUCGGUGGAACCUGGACGAAAGCAUCCAAGUUACGAAGCAACCGAUGACCCUGGACCGAUCGAAACGAGCACCACCAAGCAGGGCGCUUUCAUUGGGAAACCGGAGGCUACCGAGGUCCUGGAUAGGUGCGACACAGCGAGUUGUGGUGACAGUGUUGACAACUGCUCCAUCCUGACUCAUUCUCCUGUACUCGAACUUUCUGAUGCAUCUUCAGAUGACAUCAAUAGCACCUUUGAAGUCAACAGAACUCUAGUGGAGUCUACGGACACUGACUCCGUUGCGAAAUUGCCUGUACCGGAGACUUCCACCUUCUCUCACAACGGGACCCCAGGGGAAAGUCCCUCACCGUCGCCACCGCAACCAGCGCAACCCACCGCCCAAGCACGACGCACGUCAGGUCUGAUGGGUCCCAAAGUAGUCGUCAAUAAGCCAGGCAUCAACGUGUACAAGGGCCGACACGCACCCUCGAUCACCCAGAGUCCCUCGCCGUCGGCCACGAAGCCAGGACCUGAAGGUGAUUUGCAAACUAAUUCCCCCUCAACACCAACAAUUCAGAAGACCCCAUCACCUCCUACAGGUGGCAAGACGUCUAACAUUAGACCGCCUUUGGUAACCACGGACGCCAUCGGCGGCGCUCGCUACCAGUCCCGCACCUCGAUUCCCAAGCGCAGCUCUUCCGGCACGCGCAACGGCCUUGACAGUCCUUCGAACUCUGCUAGCACCAGUCCACCGUCCACACCGGCCACUAGAUCAACUCCUACAGGGAUACGGGUGCCAUCGCGUGUACCACGUCAAACCAUUUUGAAGGUAACUUUCAUUUUCAAAGUGAUUUUGGAUGAUGCUUAUGUUCCUUCUGGUUUUUUCUGUCCAACACUUCGUCAGAGGGAUUAG